UAAAUCAGUAUCAUCUAUAACAGAAAAUGAUCAUCGCUGUCGGUAUUCUAUUAUGGGCUUCAGCAAUUUUUCCUAAUUCUGUUGAAUCUAUAUCAGAGAAUUUGAAGCGAUUAUUUCCCGACUCCGAUGAUGACGUCUUUCCUGAUAUAAGAGCAGCUCAAUUUAAAUACAGUCCAAGUCUGGGUCGUUGUGUGCGAAGAAUCGUUAAUGAGGAAAUGGUUGAAUUCAUUAACUCUACAGUUAUAGUAUUUCGGGGGACUCAUGUUGUCAUUGGAUGGAAGCAGGGAGAUAUUAUUAGUCCAGUAUCUAAUUUGUUUGGCGAAACUGAGCAUGUGUAUGACACGCAAACUAACAAGUUUGUAGAACUGAGUCCUAUUGAACUUAAGCGUUUGGGUGUUGGCUGUCGUUUGUCAUUGGUUAGUGUGAUUGAUCAAGCUGCUGCUGCACGCAGAGGAAUCCAUCAAGCAAACCAUCAAGCAAACCCUAGUCCACUCGUACAACAGAUCGAAGAAAAAUUUAAACAAGCACACCGCGAAGCAAGCAGAGAUGCAUUCUUUCAAACAUUAGAGCAAACAAACGCUCGAGCAUCCAUUCGAUCAAUCCAUACAACGUACAACGAGGCAUACGAUCAAGCGUAUCAUAAUGCUUUAAAAGGAGGACGGUAAAAAGUCAAUUCUUUUUAAAACUUCAAACUCAAAUAUAAUACUUUUGAUUAUUCGAAGUUAAAUCAAUAAGUUACAAUAAAUUCAAAUUAUAUUGAAAAUUAAUUGUAUACGCUUAGUAAUUAUUGUCAAUUUAAAUCUUCUAAAAUAUGUGGACUUUAUAAGAAAAAAAUAUUUUGUAAUGAGAAAACUAUGAUAUUUGAAUGGGUGCCCGGAACAAGGGCCCAUGUCACGAUUUCCAAAUUGUGCAGGAGCAUUGAAAAACUGGGAUAAUGCAAAUGACCACUAAUUAAUUAUCAGCAAAUAAUUCGAUUUUCCUGACCUCUGUUGGCAUUCUUUACAACUGAAAACAAUGGGAACUCUUAGUCCACAUGACAUUGGCCCUUAUUCCACGAAAAACUGGGUUUUGACAAAAUCGUGACAUAGGCCCUUGUUCCGGGCAUCCAUUCAUUUAAUGAAAUUAAUAUAUGGAUUUUCAAUUAAUCAAAGAUUAUAUUCCUUAUCUUCCAAAGACAUACUAGGGCAAAGUGAAAAUCAGUGGUUAACAGGAUGACAUUAAAAA